UCACUCGAGUGUUUUGGUGUGCUUGAAAAAGGGUGCAUUUUGAUAAUAAUGUGAGCCCAAAGUACCCAAAAAUCCUCAUUACUCAUUAGUUUAGUGUAAUUUUGAUUUGCCCGCAACGCGAUGGGUUUCCUCGAGGAUACAAUCAUCGUUUUUGUAUCACAGGUGCUCUUCUUCACCGGAGGCUGGAUAUUCUUUGUCAAGCAGCUCUUCCGGAACUAUGAGGUGCGCAAUAUCCUGGUGCAGCUCAUCUUCUCCCUCACAUUCGCCCUGUCGCUCACGAUGUUCGAGUUGAUCAUCUUCGAGAUUGUGGGCUUUCUCGAGACCAGCUCGAGAUACUUCCACUGGCGACUGGGACUUACGUUGCUCCUGUUCAUGGUGGUGGCCCUGAUACCCUACUACAUCGCCUAUUCCAGCAUCAGCAACAUUCGCAUAGUGCCACAACGCUGGGUCAUGCCUCUGACCACUCUCCUGUGGCUUCUCUAUGUGUACGGCUUCUGGCGCAUCGGAGACCCCUUUCCCUUGCUCAGUGUCGCCAAGGGCAUCUUCACAAUUGAGCAGGCUGUGUCGAGGAUCGGCGUGGUCGGAGUCACCGUCAUGGCGAUCCUCUCAGGCUUCGGCGCCGUCAACUAUCCCUACACCAGUAUGGCCUACUUCAUCCGCUCUGUGUCACAAAGCGACAUCCUCGCCGUGGAGCGCCGUCUCAUGCUCACCAUGGACAUGAUGGUGCUGAAAAAGAAGCGCAUCGCAAUCGACAAGCGCCGCAACAAGGCGUCAUCCGCCAAGCCUGGCAUUUGGGGCAUGAUCAGCUCCGUGACAAACCGCUCGGCCGGCGCAGAGAAUGUUGGCCAGCUUCGGCUGGAGAUUUCCGCCCUGGAGGAGAUGUCUCGACAACUCUUCCUUGAGGUGCACUCGCUGAAGAACAUGCAGGAGCGCCAGCGGUGGUCCAUGACCCUCCAGGGCAAGUACUUCAACGUCCUGGGACACUUCUUCAGUCUCUACUGCAUGUGGAAGAUCCUGAUUUGCACCAUCAACAUCGUGUUCGACCGCGUGGGAAAGAAAGACCCCGUGACACGUGGCCUGGAGAUUGCCGUGCACUGGUGUGGCUUCGAGAUGGACAUCGCCUUUUGGAGUCAGCAUGUGUCCUUCUUCCUCGUCGGUUGCAUCGUGGUGACCUCAAUUCGUGGCUUACUUCUCACACUCACGAAGUUCUUCUACAAAAUCUCCUCCAGCAAGUCGUCAAACAUCAUCGUACUGGUUCUCGCCCAGAUCAUGGGCAUGUACUUCUGCUCGUCUGUUCUUCUCAUGCGGAUGAACAUGCCAGCAGAGUACCGUGUGAUCAUCACACAAAUCCUCGGCGGACUGCACUUCAACUUCUACCACCGAUGGUUCGACGUGAUCUUCCUGGUCAGUGCGCUCUCGACCAUCUUCGUGCUCUACAUGCUCCAUCGGCCGCCAGUAUCCGAUGAUCCACUGUGAAAAUUCCACCCCAAAUGCAUUCACGACAUGUCGUCUUAACCAAUCUGUUUAGGAACAAUUAAAUUAUUUCACAUAAAAAGCACGCCGCGUGGUUAAAAUUAGACAUGACAACUGCAGUCUAUUUAUAGGAAGGAAUUCUCUAUGCGGAAUAUGACGAAUUUAUAAGCGUAUUGUUUUCUGCACAGUCAUGAGUUGGUUUUUUUUCGCGUCUAUUACACUUUCACCCCUUUUCAUCAAACAAGUGGGAAUUCCGCAUUUUGCCACAAUUCACCGAGCGCGGUGUGUGAGUCAGUUCAGGGGGUGUGUUUCAAUCACUAAUACAAAUCCGAAAAAGUGAUUGAUUUCUCGCCAAACGGCUUGUGUUGGUCUAUUGAAUUAGUCGUCAAUUAAUCAAAAUUUACACAAAACGGAAGCAGAAAAAAUUCAGAUGGAUGGAGGGAAAACUAUUCAUACAAAAAGAACUUCCACCCUAUACAUUUUGGGGGGGGGGAGGAGCACAUAAAAUCAAAUAUUUGCACCAAUUCUCCGGAGUCUUUCUAUGGCAUGAGCGAAAAUACCACCAAAAUACACUAAUCACGUGAGGUAGAAUGAAAGACAUUUUGCCUUUCUUGAGGUAUGAAAUUUAUAGGCGAAUGUCAAGAUAAAACGAAAUGGAAUUUUUAGUGUGGAUGAAAAAUCAUAAAUCCCACCCCAUUUUGAUGGAUCAAUGAACCCAAAAUGUACAAUUCCGAUUUAUUUGCUGUAAUACAGACAAAUUUGUCCAAAAACUAUGUCAGAACAUUCGGAAAGGCACACGCUUGUUAGCUUCCAACACACACAAAGCAAUUAGGCAUUGAAGAAGGUUUUGAAAUGCAGAGUGAACUCCAGAGCGCUUUUCCCACCCCCUCUUCACGGCAAUGUACAAUUGUUGUGUAUAUCGUGAAAAUGAUGGUGAUUUAUUUGAAUUGCGGCAACUUGUGUAAAAUGCACGCAAUUUCCUACCUUUUUGGGCAA